AUGGAAAGCUGGCUAAAAGAAUCCGGAGCGGUGGGCUUGGACAACCUGGAGCUUGCCGAUUUCCCAAUCACCGGGCGUGGUGUCAGAACACUGAAGUGUUUCAAGGAAGGAGAAAAUAUUCUCACCAUUCCAAGUGGCAUUCUCUGGACAGUCGAGCAUGCAUAUGCUGAUUCCAUUCUUGGGCCAGUCCUUCGCUCAACAAGUCUACCCCUGUCUGUCGAAGACACGUUGGCUAUUUAUAUUCUCUUUGUCCGAUCGCGCAAAUCGGGAUACGAUGGCCCUCGAAACCACGUGGCGGCGUUACCUGCGAGCUACUCUUCAAGUAUCUUCUUUAUGGAGGACCAGUUAGAAGUUUGCGCUGGGACUUCACUGUACACCAUCACAAAGCAGCUGGAGCAACGUAUCGAGGAUGAUUACAGGGGAUUAGUCGUGCGAAUGCUUGGACAGUAUCCAGAUCUUUUUCCACUGGACAAAUUCACCGUCGAAGAUUACAAGUGGGCUCUUUGCACCGUAUGGAGUCGUGCGAUGGAUUUUGUGCUGCCUGAUGGAAAGUCGAUUCGACUUUUGGCGCCCUUCGCGGAUAUGUUGAAUCACUCGUCCGAGGCUAAGCAGUGUCAUGUCUACGAUGCCUCGUCUGGAAACUUGUCCGUCCUUGCCGGAAAAGACUACGAAGCCGGGGAUCAGGUUUUUAUUAAUUAUGGGCCUAUGCCAAAUAAUCGGCUUUUACGUCUCUAUGGCUUUGUCGUACCCGGUAACCCUAAUGACAGCUAUGAUCUCGUUCUUGCAACGCAUCCUAUGGCUCCUUUCUUUAAGCAAAAGCAGAAGCUUUGGGCCUCGGCUGGACUCGAUUCUACCACUACCAUCACCCUCACUUUCACCGAUCCGCUACCGAAAGAUGUCCUUCGAUACCUCCGUGUUCAGCGAUUGGACGAAUCAGACGUCGCUGUCUUAGCACUUCAGCAAACUAAUACUACGGAUGCCAAAAUCAGCGACUCGAACGAAGUGGAAGUCCUGCGGUUUUUGGUAGAAUCGAUAGGUGGUCUUCUGAACAAUUUCGGAACUCACGUGGAAAAGCUAGAAGAACAGCUCAAGGAGGGCGUCUAUUCUUCGGGAGGAAACGCAUGGGCGGCGGCGCACGUUAGCUUGGGCGAACAGCGGGUGUUGAGAUUGGCGAGAAAGAAGGCGGAGGAUUUGUUAGCGGCGGUGGAGAGCGUGCAAAUUUGCCAAGACACACUGGUUUUUCCAAACGGCGUUGCUCUUACCCGCACCCUCAAUGCUCUCCCGAUUAUCAAGCCGUGCAGUGCGGAGAUUUAG